UGCAGCCCGCCUGCCUGCCGCGGAGACGGCUUCGGGCCUGAGGUUUGAUCCUGCGCCCAGCGCCAUGCCGAGGGAAAAGAAGGAGAGGGAUGGGAAGGAACCCGGCACCAUGAAAGAGGAAAGCGGCACCGAUGUCUCUGUUCGCUCCAGGAAAAGGAAGGCAAAUGUGGCCGUUUUUUUGCAGGAUCCAGAUGAAGAAGUUGCCAAAAUUGACAGGACCGUGAGAAGCCAGUGUGGCAGUCAGCCUUGGGACAGUAAUACAGUCUGUGAAAACCCCUGCUCCUUGAUUCCCACACCUGACAAAGAAGAGGAUGAGCUCGUAUACCCAAAUUCUGCAUAUAAGCCUCAGAGUUGCACACCAUCCAGAGCCUCGCCACUGCCUGUACUGAACUGGGCAAAUAGAGAGGAAGUAUGGAAAAUCAUGUUAAACAAGGAAAAGACAUACUCGAGGGAUAAGCACUUUAUGCAGCGGCACCCUCUUCUGCAGCCUAAAAUGCGAGCGAUUCUUCUAGAUUGGUUAAUGGAGGUGUGUGAAGUCUAUAAACUUCACAGAGAGACAUUUUACUUGGCACAGGAUUUCUUUGAUCGGUAUAUGGCAACACAACAAAAUGUUGUCAAAACGCUUUUACAGCUUAUUGGGAUUUCAUCUUUAUUUAUUGCUGCCAAACUUGAGGAAAUCUAUCCUCCAAAGUUGCACCAGUUUGCUUAUGUUACAGAUGGGGCUUGUUCAGGAGAUGAAAUUCUUACCAUGGAAUUAAUCAUUAUGAAGGCCCUUAAGUGGCAUUUAAGUCCCCUGACCAUUGUGUCCUGGCUGAAUGUAUACAUGCAGGUUGCAUAUCUAAAUGAUUUUUAUGAAGUGCUCCUGCCGCAGUAUCCUCAGCAAAUCUUCAUACAGAUUGCAGAGCUUUUAGAUCUCUGUGUCCUGGAUGUCGGCUGCUUAGAAUUUUCUUACGGGGUACUUGCUGCUUCUGCCUUGUAUCAUUUCUCUUCAUCUGAAUUGAUGCAAAAGGUUUCAGGGUAUCAGUGGUGUGAUAUAGAGAGGUGUGUCAAGUGGAUGGUUCCAUUUGCCAUGGUUAUAAGGGAAACAGGAAGUUCAAAACUUAAGCACUUCAGGGGAGUUCCUGCUGAAGAUGCACACAACAUCCAGACCCAUAUAAACAGCUUGGAUUUGCUGGACAAAGCCCAAGUAAAGAAAGCCAUAUUGUCUGAAGAAAAUAGGAUUUCUCCUCUCCCCACUGGGGUCCUCACCCCCCCACAGAGCAGUAAGAAGCAGAGCAGUGGGCAAGGAACAGCAUGACCACACCAGCAUCCUCACCAAAGACAGCUGUGCGGAAGUGCCUGCCCCCAGUUCUCUCCCGUCUACUGCAGCAGAGGCGUGCGUUAGCUUUUACAGAUAUUUAAAUGGAAGAGCAUGUCUCUUCCGCAACAGAAGGCUUCUGUGGAUGGCGCUGGACAGGGAGAAGUGUUUUUUAUUGAAUGCUUAGAUUUUUUUAAUAAGUGGGUCAAGUACACCAGCCACCUCCAGAACACCACCGAGUGCUCCAGAUGCUGCUAAGGAGGGUGCUACUUGACUUGAUUGACUGUUCACACAAAUAACAAAGGCUUGAAGUUGAGGAGUGCCAUGUUGCUGUUGGUCUCCCCCUGGCUGUUCUGGGUCGAGUCGUAUUCAGUGGAACAGGUGGUUGUGAGCGUUACGAUGCGCAGCCCACAACCAGCUAUGCUGGGGGCCUCCCCUUUCCAUACUAUCAGUUGACAGUGUACAAUGCCUUUUAUGAACUAUUGUUUUGUAAGUGCUGCUAUGU